GCUGGGGAAUAUAUAAUGUUUUAUUUUUUAUUUUUUUAUAUUAUGCAGUUGGAGUCUUUAUCCACACUCACCAGUUGGUGGCGUCGCAGGUUUACCCACCGCCAAUUAAAAACGAAGAAGAAGAAUGUCAGCGGAACGACUGGUAGUGUAGUGUUCUUGGGGGGACACUUCAUUAAUGUAACUCACAACACUCAGCUGUUUCUAUGGACGACCGCUGUGUGAAUUCUAAAGCGGCAGCCAGCGAUAUGAUCACGUAGUCAGACACUCUGACGUCACAAUAAAGCAGAAUGAACCGUCUAAGUUCCUCCGUGCCCGUGGACGAGUACCUCGCGGACAGCAGCGUGUUAGUGUACCUCAGCGACGCGGUGACCCAGCUGCUCGAGCACAAGGAGGAGUACACGCAGUUCGGGGUGGUCCGCUACUUCGCUGAAUAUUUCAGCAGUGUAAAAAACAGCAACCACGUCCUUUUCAGGGAGUACAGUUACAUCAGAGCCACUCUUCACAACAGAGCCUCCUUCAUCAGAGUCUUCUGGAGGUGCUACAGGCAGAUCGGCAAGAGCGGAGACAUGCUGUCAAUGCUGGAGUACAGGUCUCUGCUCCAGUUACUGUGCCCAGACUUCCCAGUGGAGGUGGUUCAGAGUGCAGCCAGAAUUGUCCUGAUGGAUGAUGCCAUAGAUUGUCUCAUGUCUUUCCCUGACUUCCUUUAUGCCUUCCAGCUUCAGUUCUACUACCAAGAGUUCCUGGACAGUGUGCUGGCAAUCUAUCAGGAUCUGUUAGCUGGGAAGAGUCCUAAUACGGUUAUUGUCCCCACUUCCACAUCAAUCGAGCUGCUCCAUUCUGUGACGGCCGAAGAGAACGAGAAGGCGGGGCAGCAGCAGGAUGGGGUGGAGUCGUCCACCCUGGCUGAGUGUGUGGAGGCCCUGUGUGACAGGUUUAAACACUGUCAUCCAUCCAGAUCCUGUAUGAAAGAAGUCUUCAAUCAGACUGAGAAAGUCUGUUAUUUCAGCUUUCUGAUGAGUCUAGCCAAACAUGAGACCAUCAAUGAAACUAUUGGAGCAUUACCCAGCAAGGCUGAGUUACUCAUUGAUCAAGAAAUGGACCAGGAACUGGACAAACUAAUCGCUCAGAUCUCAGUAAGUCCUGGCAGCAACAGCAGUGGCAGCGCUGUGGGUGGACUGAAGGAGGCGCAGAGGAAGGCCUCCCCCAGAAGGAACAUCCACCACAGAAGAAAGGUGGAAAGUGACGGCUCCACUGAAGAGACCGACUCCUCUGAAAACUGACCUCUUACCUUUUACCACUUUCCAUCUCCGCUCCUAACAGCACUUUGGCCUUUGUGACCCCAUGUGAGAUACAACAGUACUGUAACCUCUUCAGCCAAAAUGUCUGUGUUCCCAUGAGUCCUGUUAGUAGCUUGUCAUUACCAUACAAGUUAAUUCUCACUUACUGUACCCUGAUACUGACUGUAAAUGUUUUAUGCACUUGGUUUUGGAGAAUCGGCCUCAGUCCUUAAUGUGUCUUCACACUCUGCUGCUUUAAGUCCUUGUGUUAAAGUAAACCAUGUUAAAUCCACUACUAAGUCAUGUAGCAUAUAAAUUACAUUAUUGUAAACUACACAGUGAAAGGCUAACUUAUUAUUUUAAAUAUUGAUAAUUGAAGGAAAGGAAAUUAAGCGUUACUGUCUGGAGAUCCUGGCUCACUGUGACAGAUGAUACUAAAUAAUAAAAAAGACUGUGAUGUCUGACACAUA